AGCUGGUACCCCCCUUUGCUGGGUAGAGAUGCCACUCUCGCCUCCUUUUGGAUAGAGGACUGCAGGAGGCUGGAGCACCUCAAGGAGCCGCGUCCCGCUCCCAGAAGAUGCUGGGAACAAUGAAAUAAGAAUUCCUGCGGUCCGCCCGAAGCCACCAUGUUGACGCGACUUUUCAGCGAGCCCAGCCUGGUCCCCGAAGUCCCGAAAUUCCCCGGUUGGGCCGAGGAGUGCGAGGAGGAUGCCCGGAGCGAGAAGGAGGAGCGGGCGGGGAAGGGCUGCGCCCUCCCCGAGGAGCCGCCCGAGGGUUCGCUGGGAGAGAGCAAGGAGGAAGGGGAGCUAGGAGGGGACGAGGAGGAGGAGGAGGAGGAGGAGGAAGGCCUGGAGGAGGCGGAGGGCGAGCGGCCCAAGAAGCGCGGCCCCAAGAAGAGGAAGAUGACGAAGGCGCGGCUGGAGCGGUCCAAGCUGCGGCGGCAGAAGGCGAACGCCCGGGAGAGGAACCGGAUGCACGACCUGAACGCGGCCCUGGACAACCUGCGCAAGGUGGUUCCCUGCUACUCCAAAACCCAAAAACUCUCCAAAAUCGAGACCCUCCGCUUGGCCAAGAACUACAUCUGGGCUCUCUCCGAGAUCCUGCGCUCGGGCAAGCGGCCCGACCUGGUCUCCUACGUGCAGACUCUGUGCAAGGGGCUGUCCCAGCCCACCACCAACCUGGUGGCCGGCUGCCUCCAGCUCAACUCCCGCAACUUCCUGACGGAGCAGGGGCAGGAGGGGGGUCGGUUCCACGGCCCCAACGCCGCUUCCUUCGCCGUGCACCCCUACCCCUACCCUUGCUCGCGGCUGGCCGCGGCGCCCUGCCCGCCCGCCGCCGGCCCCGGGCCGCACGGGCUGAGGACACACGGCUACUGCGCCUCCGCCUACGAGAGCCUCUACGGCAACACCUCCCCCGACUACAACAGCUCGGAGUACGACGGGGGGCUCAGCCCCCCGCUCUGCAUCAACGGCAACUUCUCCCUCAAGCAGGACUCUUCAUCCCCCGACCACGAGAAAAGCUACCACUACUCUAUGCACUACUCGGCGCUGCCCGGCUCCCGCCCCGCCGCCCAUAACCUGGUCUUCGGGUCGGCGGGGAUGCGCGGGGGGGUCCACUCCGAGAACAUCUUCCCCUACGACAUGCACCUCCCGCACGAGCGGGGCCCCAUGUACGAGGAGCUCAACGCCUUCUUCCACAACUGACCCCCUCCCCGACACCCCUCCCCAUCGCCGAGGUGGCGGAGAGGGAGGGAGACUCCCCCACACACCCUCCCCCCACCCGCGGCGGCCCCGCGGACCGGCCCCCGGGGCUCCGCCGUGGGCUUUGGUGCAAUAUGGGGACCCGGCCCCGGCGGCGGGUCCCCGCGCCCCGUGGGGACAAAGUGCUUUUUUGGGAGGAUUUUCCCUUUUUCUUAAUUUUUUUAAAAUUAUUGUCGAUUUCGUUAUUUUUAAAUUUUCAUUAUUUAUUGCUAUUUCUUUAUUAUUUAACGUAAUUUAUUUAGUUAUUUUAUUAUUAUCGCUGUUAUCGUCACUAUUAUUAUAAUAACUAUUACAGCUAUUAUAACUAUUAUUAUUAUUACUACUACUACUACUAUUAUCAUUAUUUUCCAAAGGGAGACGCCCCGCACGGGCCGACCCCCCCAGUCCAGCCCACCGGAGCCCCCCCCGGUACCCAGCACGACCCUCUGGGUCGAGUCGCUUCGUUUCAUUUUUAAUUCGUUUUAAUGAAAUUUUAUAUAUUUAUCUUUUAAUUUUUUCCCCCCCUCCCACCCCCAUUUUGGGCCGUUUCUCCCCUCCCCAGCCCUGACCCCGGACCCCCCCGGACCCCCCCGGCAUUGGACACCCGCUGCCCCGGCCCGUGGGAGCGAGAGGAGCCCGCGCUGCGGCGCGGAGCGAAACUUUCCGAAGCAAUAAAGAGGCGCAGGGAGGAACGAACCCCAAUUUCUAUCUAUGCAAGAGGCCCGGCCCGGCGGACGCUCCGAGAUGCACUUUGCUUUGGGGGGGCCCUGGCCCCGCUCCCCGCCCCGGGAGCUCCUCGCAGCGCGUGUGUCAGGACGUUUUUUACCUGUUUUAAAAACUUGAAACGGAAAAAAAAAAAAAAAAAAAAAAAAAAGGAAAAAAAAAAAAAGGAAAAAAAAAAAAGAUAAU